ACCACUGCGUAUGCUGCGUUGGCUGAUGCCGCUUGGGAUUUGGGUACCAGAUGUUGCUAUAGGGGGCAAGCAGAUGGCGACGCUCGGGUUCCGUCGCCUUCUCCUCCUCCUCCUGCUCCUCCUGCGGGGCGGCGGGGCGGCGAAGGAGGGAGAGAGAAGGACCAACAUCUUCCGGUCCGCGGCCACCGCGGUGGAGGAGCUGCUGCCGGGCGGAGCGGGAGAGACGCUCCUGUCUUACUGGAAAGUUGUGAUGAAUGGCACCUCGGCAAUCGCCAGCCUGCUCACCGAAUUGUGUUCCGACUUGCUGGACACCUUGGGGAUUAAGGAUGGAGAGCUGGGGACAGACCGCGAGGCUCUGGGGAGAGCCCUGAGCUGGGCCCUGGCCGCCCUGCUGAUCUACCUGGCCCUGUCGGCCGCCCUGCACCUGCUGACCUACCUGGCCGGCCGGCUCCUCUGGCUGGCCAAGCUGGGACUCUUCUUCACGGCCGCCGCCUAUGUCGUGGCCACCUGCGAGGACGAGAAGCGGAGGAACGCCCUGCUCCUGGGCCUGGGGGCCCUCUACCUCCUGCUGGGCAGACUGGGGCUCCCGUUCCUGGGAGGCUGGGCCAAGGCCGACCGGCGCCAACACCACCUGGAGAACAAGAUCAGCUCCCUGGAGCAGCAGCUGGCCGAAGUGGAGCGCAGGGUCCACCACAGGAACCUCUAUGACUACGACUAGGCGGAGACGGAGAAACGUGAAGAGCUGACAGAACGCACUUG